AUGGUGGUGACGGUGGCUUACGUGCGUCAACAACUCAGUAAUUUGGCGCAUUCCGGCGGUUCCCACAAAGACCAAGCCGAGAAAUACCGCGCAACCCUGGACUCGAUAUUGUUGUCUUCCGGCGAGGAGCUAGUAGAUGCUCUGAAGACAUUCAUCGAAGCAAUUGUGAACGAAAACGUGAGCUUGGUUAUUUCGAGGCAAGUGUUGACUGAUGUCAGUAGCCGUUUACUAUUUUUGCCUGAUGAGAUAUCAAAAGCUGUUUCACAUUAUACACUGGACAAGGUUCAACCACGUGUGAUUUCCUUUGAAGAACAAGUAGCUAGCAUAAGACAACAUUUAGCUGAUAUUUAUGAACGUAAUCAGAACUGGCGAGAAGCUGCAAAUGUUUUAGUUGGCAUACCAUUGGAAACAGGGCAAAAGCAGUAUACUGUUGAUUACAAACUCGAGACUUAUCUUAAAAUUGCUAGAUUAUAUUUGGAAGAUGAUGAUCCAGUACAGGCUGAAGCAUUCAUCAAUCGAGCAUCACUUUUACAGGCCGAAUCUAAAAAUGAACAGUUACAAAUCUAUUACAAAGUAUGCUAUGCAAGAGUAUUAGAUUAUAGAAGAAAGUUUAUAGAAGCAGCUCAGAGGUACAAUGAGUUAUCAUAUAGGUCCAUUAUUCACGAAGAUGAACGCAUGACUGCUCUUAGAAAUGCAUUAAUUUGCACAGUAUUGGCUUCUGCAGGACAACAGAGAAGUCGGAUGUUGGCCACAUUGUUCAAAGAUGAACGCUGCCAACAACUUCCCGCUUACUCGAUUCUUGAGAAAAUGUAUUUGGAUCGUAUCAUUCGGCGCUCCGAGCUGCAGGAAUUUGAAGCAUUAUUGCAACCUCACCAGAAGGCAUGUACUAUCGACGGAUUAGGCUCCACUAUACUCGACCGUGCUGUUAUCGAGCAUAAUUUAUUAUCCGCUAGUAAAUUAUACAACAACAUUUCCUUCGAAGAAUUAGGUGCAUUGUUGGAUAUUCCACCUACUAAAGCGGAAAAAAUUGCUAGCCAAAUGAUUACUGAAGGCAGAAUGAAUGGAUAUAUAGAUCAAAUUGAUUCCAUAGUACACUUUGAAACACGUGAGACCUUACCGACAUGGGACAAACAAAUACAAUCGCUAUGUUAUCAAGUGAAUCAAAUAAUCGAGAAAAUAGCUCAAACAGAGCCAGAAUGGAUUGCAAAAGCAAUGGACGAUCAGAUGGUGCAUUAAUAUAGAUUUUGUUUAACACAAAUGUCAAAUGAGGAAUACGGGAAUCAUUUACAAUAUGUACACGAUACACAGCCAGCCAAAAUAGUAAAUAUUUAUAUAGCUCAUUGUUGAAACACUAAUAUCGUCUGAGGCACAUCAUUAAUUAAAUUUGAUUUUUAAAUAAGACCUUUCGUUUCAAAAGUAUAUCCAUCUUGUUUUUAGAAUUGUGUGUUUGAAAUAUGUUAAAUGUAUAUUACAUCCUUAAUGCUGUAAAAUUUUACCAAUUUUUUGUAAUUAAAAAAUGUAACUAAAAAACUAAAAAAUUAAUAUAAUUUCAUCACACACAAUACAAAUUUACUCAAAGGAAAUGUUAAAGGGUUGUUUAUUUGCAGUCGAUUUAGAUAAAAUCAUUGUAGAUGAAAAAAAAAAACAAUGUAAGUUCUUCUUGUAAAUAAAUCACAUUCGUACUUCGUAAAACAUUCUUUACUGAACCCAUACAUAAUUGGUAAUAAUUAUCAAAGAGAGUAAAAGCCGUUUUUAUCUCACAAACAAUUAUUUUCUAUAUAAAAUAAAGCAGUGGAAUUAUAUAUGCAGUACAUAUAUGCGGUACUUAUACGUCUUUUGAAAAUAUGAUUAUUAUCUAAUAUUUAUACACGACUACAAAUGAAAGUUUUGUAAAGGAGUAUACUUUGGUUAAUAUCUGAGGACAUCAUAAUUCAGCCAAACUGGC